AUGUCCUCGGUGCACUAUGCAUUCAUGGGGGAGCGACUUCUCAACAAGUGCACCUAUGCAAAUUCCUCUUUGUAUCCCUUUCGGCCCACUCCGAAUCGACUCAUUGUGCAGGUCUUUGCUGUAUAUGUAAAGCAGCGCAACGCUGCGGCCCUCUCCGCUCAGCGACAUCUAGCGGUACUCCAAAACAUACCGUUCAUAUAUCAUAGGCACGCUUCGGACGCCUGCCUUGCAAUAUGCAGACCCGUUCACCCUUAG